GGCUAAUGGAAAGAGCAUGAAAAAAGUAAGUGCAGAGAAACUCGGUCGUUUCGUGGGCGACGUUCUCGCUUCGUGUGGCGUUGAUUCAUCCGGCUCUGAGGCUGUAUCCCAAUCUCUUGUCCAAGCGAAUCUCCGUGGCAUUGAUUCUCACGGAGUGCGUCUUCUUCCCACCUAUGCAGAGAGCGCAGAUAAAGGGGGCGUCAACAAACAUCCGAAAAUCAACGUCAAACAGACGUUCCCGUCUUGCUGUUGUGUGGACGCAGACAACGGAUUUGGAGCUGCAGCGGGAUUCCGUGCUAUUGAUGAGUGCAUCAAAAUUGCUGAAAAUCAGGGCAUUGGUAUUGCAAGUGUGAUCAACUCUUCUCACUGUGGAUACAUGGCAGCCUAUACGUUGCGAGCAGCUGCUAAGGGCUACAUGGCUUUUUCGUUUACUAACACUGGAUCGGCUAUGUUGUCGUACAAUGGAACUAAGAAGUACAUUGGAACGAAUCCAAUCUGUUUCGCUGCACCGAGGGAAGAGAGCGAUCCGUUUUGUGUCGAUUUGGCGACUACAGCUAGAACCUAUAACUCUGUUGAACUGGCAAGGCUGACAGGGAGUAAACUGGAUGAAGGACACUAUGCAGAUGCUCAAGGGGAAAUAACUACAGACCCUUGGAAAUCUGCAAUGCUUUUGCCUAGUGGUGGCCACAAAGGCUUUGCACUUGGUAUGAUGGUUGAGGUUCUUUGUUCGACUUUGAGUGGCAUGGCAUUUGGACCACAUACAGUGCCUAUGUAUGGACCAAACUCUGACCCAGCAAAUAAACGGCAAAUUUGUCAAACGUACGUGGUUUUUCGUCCCGAUUUCUGCAUCCCAGCUGACCAGUUUAAAAGAUCUCUUCAACAGAUGACCGACGAAGUGCGAUCUCAGCCUGCACAUGAAGGUAAACAUGUUAUGAUGCCUGGAGAUCCAGAGAUCAAUUUUGUGGUGCAGCGAAGUCAACACGGGAUUCCCCUUGAUGAUUCUACUUGGUUAGAACUUACGAAAUUGGGAGAAAAAUAUGGUGUUUUGCUACCACCCAUUGUCUCAGAUCAAGACUGAGGUAAAAACCGUGAAUGUUUAGUAGGUGUUGAUUUAUUAUUGAUUGAACUGCUGUGAUAUGGGAUAAUAGAUGAAUGGAAAUUGGAUAA